AUGGGCUUAGUGGGAGUCCGUCUUGACCGAAACCAAUUGACAGGUAAUAUAUCUGAAGACUUCGGUCUUUAUCCAAAUCUUGAUUUUAUGAAUAUAAGCCACAACAACUUGUAUGGAGAAAUCUCACACAACUGGGGACAAUGCCCAAAGCUGAAAACCAUACUAAAGGCAGGAAAUAACCUUUCCGGUAGCAUACCACCUGAGAUAGGCAACACAACCCAAAUUCAUGUGCUGGACCUUUCUUCAAAUCAUUUAGUGGUUGAGACAGAUGUGAAGAUUGCCAUUAACGACAUUGUCUUUGGCAAUGAGGCUUUUGGGGUUGUUGGGGGGAUUAUCAACGACAUCCACAUAUUGUGUAAUAUUGUGGCUGAUAGACUUGCUAAGUUUGUUUUAGGUAGUGUGUUUGUAGACGUUUGGCUUGAAGAGGGUCCUCCAUGGCUCAAUGUGUUUCUUCAAGUUGACGUUGAUAUUCUAGAGUUGUCAUGA